CAUUAUUAUUAAUUUAUAGAGAUUCUACUGUAUGUUAUAACUGAUAUAUGAUUCUCAAGUUCUUUAUACCUAAACAGAACGCCUUGUAAUAAAUAAUAAAAUAUUAUUUAAUCUAUAAAUACUACUUUAAUACUCUCCAACAAAUAUAAUAGCACAAGAAAGAAAGAAAAGACCAUGGCUUCGUCAAGAAAUCAAAAUUUUAUUUUUAUGCUAAUUUCAUUUCUGAUCAUUCUCGCAACUACGUCAUUUGCCUCUGCGCUCUUCUCAGCAAAACAUGUUGUGAUUGUCAACAAACUUGUAACGCGUGCGACAUUGAUUGUGCAUUGCAUGAACAAAGAAGAAGAUAAGGGAGUGAUUUCACUUGGACCUGGAGAUAGUUUUGAUUUCAGAUUUCGUGUUAACCUUCGUAAAACAACAGUAUACACAUGUAGCUUUGCUUGGCCUGGCAAUACAGCAACAUUCGAUAUUUUUAGAGCUGAUAGAGAUGAUAAUCCAGAAAGCAAAGUUGGUGUUUGCAGCGAAUGUAUUUGGAGCAUCUACGAGCCAGCACCAUGUAGGGAUAGACGUGAUGGAGGCCAACCUAAUUGUUUUCCAUGGGCUUCUUAAAUUAGUUAUUAUUAUUUUGAGGUUAUUUGUACGACAAUUUUAAAUGAAUAAAUAAAAAUAUAGUGUUUUUGAUAUUAUUUUGCAUAUUUUAUCACUCUUUCUUGUGCAUUUACCCCAACUAGAAAUUAUUAUAUUUUACUACCAUGUCAUUCUAGGUAGAACAUGAAUCAUUCAAAUCGCAAAGACCCUCUCAGAAAAUGCAAAGUAUCCAUCCCGAUAUUAAAAAUUAGAUUUGAAAAUAGGAUAUAUAAUCAGUUAGAUGCAAAAAUAUGAUUUAAUGUUUGUAUAUUCAAUAUU